AUGGUUUCUGUAAGACAAUUCAUCACUGCUGCGAUCGUUGGAGCAGGAAUAGCUGAAGCUAUUCCUUUCCCUGCUAAGUCAGGUUUACAACUUCGGCAGGAUAUGGAUGUAUUCGAUAGUGCUGUUAAGGCAAGUGAUGAUAAAAUUGUGGAAGAGCUGGUGAAACAAUUGACGAUAUUACACGAUAAUAAGAACUUGACAGAUUGUGAGAAAUGUUUGAACAAGUUAACGAUCGGUAAGACUUUAUCUUUAACUAGGCCGGAUUUGGUGCCUACUGUUUUUUCUAAAUGGUGUAUCGAUACCCGGUUUCUAGCUGAGGAUUCGUGUAUGACUCUCUAUCAUAGGAAUACGGUUGAGAGCAGUUUCAGGGGUACCAAUUUUGCGGAUAUGUUGUCAUUGCUUGAUCCAAACAGCUAUGAUGGUUAUUUGUUCUGCCAUUAUUAUGAAUCUAGGCGGUGCCCAAAGCCAGAGACACCGAAUACGACACUAUCUCAUUUGUGGCCCGCCAAGCAGCCCAAACAUUAUAUUGCCCCUGAGCCGGAUAAGGAUGAUUUGAUUAAUGUUUUACAUGUUUCCGACUUCCAUAUUCAGUUAGAUUACACUGUAGGAAGUGAAACCAACUGUACUAGUGGUAUGUGCUGUAGCCCAGAUUCGAUCAAUAUGUUUUCCACAAGAGGUAAUCGGCGGUAUGAUGGUGAUUGGAAUUCUUACUACGGCUCCUACUAUACCGAUGGUGGUCGGUUUAUUAAGGGAACUUACAAUGAUCCAUUUUUGAAUCAAACUGUAUGGACGCCUGCGACAACUUUUGGUCAUUAUUCGUGUGAUGCGCCCGAGAUUUUGAUCAAUUCAUCGUUAUAUUCUGUUAUUGAUUACGCAAACGACCAAAAUAUGUGUUUCGAAUUUGCGAUAUUCACGGGAGACUUGGUAGACCACCAUGAGCUGAAGUAUGUCGACUACGAGUCAGUGGUAGAAUCCGAGGUAACAAUAUUUAGAGAUAUUAAGAGCAGAUUAGGAACGGUUCCUUUGUAUUCUGUGCUUGGAAAUCACGAUACCUUCCCGUAUGGUCAAUUGGCUCCGGAAGGAUAUGGGUUUAGUAACAGGUUCUCAUGGAACGCAGAGCUUAUGGCAGAUUUGUGGGAAGAUUAUGGCUGGUUAGACAAAGAAACUGCUAUGUAUGCCAAACAUCAUUAUACAGGCUUUGCCGUUAAUACUAAGAUUGGAUUAAAGAUCAUCUCUUUAAACUCAAAUGUUUGGUUCAGGAAGAAUAACUAUGCUUAUCUGAAUGCUUCUGAUGCAGAUGCUUUCGGCCAACUUAAGUUUUUAGUUGAUGAAUUAGUCGAAAGUGAAUCGAAAGAUCAAAGGGUUUGGGUUAUUGCACAUAUUCCAUUCGGCACAGAUUCCUUGCCUGCCCCUUCAAAUCUUUUCGCGGAGAUUGUCGAGAGAUUUUCGCCAUAUACAAUUGCGGGCCUUUUCUUCGGGCACACACACUUGGACCAAUUUGAUGUGCUAUACGCAGGGAGUGGUGCAGAUGCCAAGACAAUUGAAAACGUGGUAAACGUUGCUUGGAUUGCGCCAGCUGUUACACCAUGGAUCGGAAACAAUCCAGCAUGGAGAUACUACACCGUUGACCGGAAAACCUUCUCCAUAAUGAACAGCCACAACUUCUACACACAGUUGAAUAACACCUUCAACAAUGACGGGUCGGAGCCAGUCUGGGAGUUCGAAUAUGAUGCCAGAAGUGCCUACGGUAUCACAGAUUGGCCCGAAUCUGCCCCAUUGAAUGGAUCGUACUGGCACAAGGUUGCAACAAAAAUGAGAGAUGACCCUGCAUCGAUGCAGUUGUACGAGAAUUACUCAAGGCGGUUCUCACCUUAUGUGCGGAACUGUACUUCAAGCCUGUGCGAUAAUCACUACUGUCGUGUAACCUCCUUUACAAUUGACAGAUAUGAAGAUUGUAUUUCGGACACAGGGGAGCCAGAUUUUGAUUAA